AUGUCUUCUUCCUCUGGAAACACUUUUUAUGAUCUGAACACAGAGUUGCCUAGUGGGCAAACGUAUGACUUUGAACAGCUCAAAGGGAAAGUUGUCUUAAUUGUUAAUGUUGCGUCGAAGUGUGGUUUCACUCCCCAAUACAAGGGUUUAGUCUACGGUUCUCGAAGCCUUCAAGCUUUGUACGAUAAGUACAAGGAACGUGGCCUCGUCAUUCUCGGUUUCCCAUGCAACCAGUUUGGCGGCCAAGAGCCUGGUGACGAUACCGCCAUUGCAUCUUUCUGCGAGCUCAAUCACGGAGUGAACUUUCCUCUUAUGAAGAAGUCCGACGUAAAUGGUGACAACACGAACGUUGUUUACCAAUGGCUCAAGAAUGAGAAGCCUGGCCUCAUGGGUCUCUCAAGAAUCAAGUGGAACUUUGAGAAGUUCUUGAUUGAUAAGAACGGGAAAGUCGUGAACCGUUGGGCAUCGACAACUACUCCUCAGGCGAUUGAUGCUACAGUGGAGAAGCUUCUUGCUGAGUGA